GGGCCAGUACUCCGAGCGGCUUUACCGCUUGUUACGCUAGGAAAACAUUUAUAAUAGCCACGAGAUCGCGCUGCCGUGUCCAAGGUGCCGUCAUCGGGGGAGAGUCUGCCGGUUUCUUGCCCGCACGAGACUUGACCGCACACUCUCGCUUUAUAUUGCUGUUAAGUUCUGAAGUUUGGUGGACCAUAACUACCUUUCAAUGUUUUAGCUUUGGUCUUCCCAUUAUAUCCCCCUAAGAUCUUAGCUGGUAGGGUUUUGUCUCACCCCAACCGGCUCAUCGGGUCGCGACGCACGCCAUCCGAUUCAUUGUCUCAGCCUCCGGCACGGGUCCGCCCUACCGGGACCGCAUCCGCAUGAUGGCCGCCGCCACCGCCAAGGUCGUCUCCACUGAUCCGGAGAAGGAAAUCAUGGCGAGCAGCGACGACACAGCGUCCUCCACCAGCACCAAGCAAAAUGUCCUCGAUGAUCCGCUAGCACCAGCAGCGGCGACAAACCAUGAUGCCCCCAACCCGGCCAACCUCCCCGCUGGGGAGAAGGGCACGGACACGGCUGCUGCCGACGCCUCGGCCACACCACCACCGCCUCCUGAAGAAACCCGCACGGCGCUCCAGACGACGGUCAUCAUCCUCGCGCUGGCCUCGGCGCUUUUCCUCGGCGCCCUCGACAUGACCAUCGUCACGGUCGCCGUGCCCACCAUCUCGGAGGAGUUCCACAACACGGCCGGGUACACGUGGAUCGGGUCGGCCUACAUGCUGGCCGCGGCCUCCACGUGCCCCAUGUGGGGCAAGAUCUCGGACAUCUGGGGGCGGAAGCCCAUCAUCCUGAUCGCCGUGGCCGUCUUCUGGAUCGGCUCGCUGCUGGCCGCCGUGAGCGUGAACAUGGCCAUGUUGAUCGUGGCGCGGGUGAUCCAAGGCGUUGGUGGAGGCGGCAUCAUGAUCCUGGUCAAUGUUUGUAUUAGCGACCUGUUUUCUAUGAGGAAGAGAGGGAUCUACUUUGGGGCGAUGGGGUUGGUCUGGGCCGUAGCCUCUGCCGUUGGGCCGGUGUUGGGUGGUGUGUUCACCAGCCAAGUGACGUGGAGAUGGUGCUUCUACAUCAACCUGCCCAUAUCCGGGCUCGCCAUGGCGAUCUUGGUGUUUGUGCUUAAGCUGCACAACCCGCGGACGCCAAUGCGCCAAGGCCUGGCUGCGGUGGACUGGCUCGGGUCCUUGACUAUCGUUGGCGCCACGCUCAUGAUCAUGCUCGGCUUGCAGUUCGGCGGAGUCAGCCACCCGUGGAACUCGGCGACGGUCAUCUGUCUGAUCGUCUUUGGCGUGGUCACGACUGGCAUCUUCGCGCUUAUCGAAUGGAAAGUGGCCGAGUACCCGAUCGUGCCAAUGUACCUUUUCCAGAAGCGCGCCAGUGCCGCCUCUCUCGCGGUCGGGUCAUUGCACGGACUCGUCUUCAUCUCGGGAAGUUACUAUCUUCCCCUCUACUUCCAGGCUGUCCUCGGGGCCUCGCCACUCAUGUCAGGUGUGUACAUCCUUCCGUGGGUGCUGACUCUCUCCCUGGUAUCGGCGGUCAUCGGCAUCAUCAUCAAGAAGACGGGCAAGUACCUGCCGUCCAUCUUCGUCGGCAUGGCCAUCAUGACUCUCGGCUUCGGACUCUUCACCGAUUUGGGCGCCCGUGCGAACUGGGCCAAGAUUGUGCUGUAUCAGAUUGUGGCUGGCAUUGGGACGGGGCCAAACUUCCAGGCGCCUCUCCUCGCCGUCCAAACCACGGUUGGGCCACGCGAUAUGGCCUCGGCCACGGCCACCUUUGCCUUCAUGCGGCAGCUGUUCAGCUCCAUUUCCAUCGUCAUCGGCGGCGUCGUUUUCCAAAACGGCAUGGAAAAGCAGUACCCGAAGCUGCUCGAAAGCCUCGGUCCGGAUACUGCAAAACGCUUCUCCGGCAGCGACGCUGCUUCAAAUGUGGGCCUCGUUAGCCAGCUCCCCGAUCAGCAACGCCAGCUGGUACGGGAAGCAUACUCGGACAGCCUGCAUACCAUGUUCAUCAUGUACGUUGUUUUCGCGGGCCUUGGCCUGCUAGUCGCCUUCUUUAUCGGCCAGCGCACGCUCAGCAAGGAUCACACCGAGCACAAGACGGGCCUGGACCAGCUGAAGCUGUCGAGGCAGGAACGUUUGGAUAAGGCGGGUAAUAAGGGGGGGAGCACCAAGGCGGACGAAGAGAAGGGGCCGGCAGUCAGUGGUCCGGAGACGGGACAGGCGGAAAAGGCAUCAUGAUCUCCGAGCGCAUAUGAUAGGUCAACCCUGAACUAGCCACGGAAUAGCCAGUUGCUAGUAAGUGUGUAUAUUCAACAUAUUGCUUUGUUCAGACUGGGCUUUCGAGGCCCAGCAGGAACUCGUGUGUAUUGUACUGUAAUUAGCGGGAAUCCAAGCACAUCAGGAAAGAAGAACCGCCCAAAGGAACAACAACUUAGAAAGUGAGAUGCAAAGAGAUGCGGGCCAGAAGCCGUGGUCGGAGACCACGUGGGUGCCAUAGGCUUUUGUGUCCUAUCAGUAUGCUUUGAGACCGGAUGCGCGAUAUCCACAGAUUUCUUU